GAAGCGGAAGAAGAAUAAUGUGGGGGAUCAGACAUGACUGAGCUCCGCUGACGCUCCCACAAAUAUCUGAACAGAUGUGUCAAAUGUGAGCAUGAACCAGCCCUGAAAUGAUCUGUGUCCAGUCAUUUAUGGACGGAGUGACAGUGAAGGACGAGGCGGACACAUGGGGCCCCUCAGAGCUCGGCUUCAGUCACAAACAUGGCUCAGAUCAGCAGCAGAAACUACAAAAUCAAGUGAUCAAGGAUGAAGUGCUUACAGGCAGCCAAAACCAUCACCUGUCAGACCAGCCACACACUGAAGACCAACACCGCUCCAAACAUGUGGAAGAGCCUUCAGGUUUCCCUUUGACUAUAAUAUCUGUCAAAACAGAAGACGGGGACAAUGCCUGCUGUGUAUCCGGUCUCGAGGAGGAGUUUAACGACCAAAUGGAAGACGCUGGGGAAUUGGAGAGUUAUGGGAACUCUUCUGACACAGAGAAUUCAGUGAGCUGGGAUGGAGAACUAGCAGCUAAAAUCUCAACCGGACGAGAAUCAGACUCCAACUUGCAAACGGAUGAUGAAGAACAAGCGGAAAGGUCGAAAGACUGGAUUCAGAAAUGGAAAGUCAGUGAUGACGUUUGCUAUCCCGUCCACAUUAACAGCAACAAACUUGAUACAGACUCAGUUGAUGAUCAGGGUUUAACAGAGGAGCACAGAUGUCCCGAGUGUGGAAAGGCAUUUACCGAUAAGUUAUACCUAAAGAGACACAUGAUAAGGCACACAGGACGAAGACCAUUCACAUGUUCAGUUUGUAAGAAAAGUUUCACCCAAAAUGCCCAUCUGAGGAAACACAUGAGAUGCCACACAGGAGAAAGGCCUUUCACCUGCCCCAUGUGCGAUGCAUCGUUUAGUCUGAAGCAAAACCUGCACCGACACAUGACCAGUCACAGCGGAGCAAAGUCGUUUAGCUGCUCUGUUUGUAAGAAAGGUUUCACUCAGAAAUGCCAUCUUAGACGACACAUGAGCCUUCACCUGAGAGAAAAACUAUGUACCUGUCCACAAGACCCAUGUGAACACGUGAAGUCUGUGAAUGGAAAGAUUAUAGCACUGACUCCAGAAAAGCCUUAUAUUUGUCCUUUCUGUAGCAAAGGUUUCACUCGCAAAGACCAUCUCUCCUCACAUCUGAGCGCUCACACAGGAGACAAGCAGUUUGAUUGUCCCGAAUGUGAUGCUAAGUUUAAUCUUAAGCAGAGUUUAGAGCGGCACAUGACGGUACAUAGUGGAGAGAAGCCGUUUAAAUGUCCAGAUUGCAAGAAGGGAUUCACCAGGAACAGCACUCUGAAACUGCACAUGAGAACCCACACAGGAGAAAAACCCUUCAGCUGUUCAGAAUGUGACGCAAAGUUUAACCGAAAAGAAAACUUCCUUCGCCACUUAACCGUUCACACUGGUGAAAGGCCAUACAGCUGUCCAGUUUGUAAAAAGGACUUUGUACGUAAACCGAGCCUUGAUAAACAUAUGAAAUCUCACACUCAGAAAUGAGAUUUAAACAUUAAAUAUAUCUUUUACAGAUUGUUGGGCCAUAGUAGUAUGUAUAAUAGCACCUCAUUUAUUUUAUAUCUGUUUUCUCUGCUAAAAUGUCUUAAUAAACUCUUUAAAGAUU